AUGUUGAACCAAGCCAUCCAAAGUGGGUUUGUCAUUGGUAUCUUAUCAGUGGUGUCUGCUGCCUCUUGGGAACCUCUCCGGCCAAUGCUUGAUUAUGGAAAGACCUUGAAGAUUUCUAGUAAAAACCCUCUUCUAGAUAUCUACGUCCCCAAACAAUGGUUUAUCCACUUUUAUCUCUUGUCCCUGGCCCUCUCAGGACUCAACUACUGUAUACUACAAUAUCUGACUCGCGUUGAUCCGGCAUAUAUCUCAAUGUUAGACUGGUGGUGUCGUGCGAAUCCUCUUGAUGGGGCCGCAUGCUACGCUGCGAUCAUCGCGAUGUCGAUCCAUUCAUUACGAAGAACCGUUGAAUGCACGCUGGUAUCCAAGUUUUCCGACCAUUCCAAGAUCCACGUAUCCCAUUAUCUCGUGGGGAUCUUUUUUUAUGCCGGUGUUAAUUUAACGGUUACCACAUCAUUGAUUGUUCAUUGUAUUGAUCAACGUCCGCUAUUCAACGACCCCAAACUAUUUUUCUGCAACCCCAUCAAUGUUUUGUUGAUGGCAAUUUUUUUGGUGGUUCAGUAUCGCCAAUUUUGUCAUCACAAGAUUCUUUCCAAGACAAUAAAGUAUAACCAUCCUCAAGGUGGACUUUUUUGUUUAGUGUCGAGCCCCCAUUAUUUCGACGAAAUAUUGAUUUAUUUAAUCAUAAAUCUCUUAGUAUUCGUCAAUAGUGGAGUCAACAUCACCUUUGUAUUGGUUGAGAUAUGGAUCAUUGUCAAUCUAUCGACGUCAGCAAUCAAUACCCAUAACUUCUACAGACAACAGAAAUCUAAACAUCCAAAAAGCUACGUGGCACCAUAUGCCAUUAUCCCAUAUGUAUUAUAA